GGUCACACUGAAUGGCUUGCAACCCGUAAACAAAUUAAGAAAUAAUUUCUUUAAAAAAAAUGCUUCUAAAUAAGAAGGCACUUAUGUACAAACAGCUAGUGGAAAAGCUCUACGAUAAAUGUCAGAGGAUUCAGGCGGAAAAUGAGCGCUGUGUGAUGAGGGUAAACGGAAUCAAAAAGAUAGUGAGACGACGCAAUCGCGAUGUGGAGCUGUUGAAAAAGAGACUGGACAAGCACGGAGACAAUUGGCGCUCAGUUCCCAUGGUGGCCCAGCAUCCAAAGGGAAAAACAGAGCAGAAGCGUCGAGGACCCAAACCCAAGAACAAGCAGUCGGCGGAUGGAACAAGUGCACCCGGAUCUACACCUGGACCCAAUCCUCCAGCGGCACGCAAGCCCCGCAAGCAACGUGCCAAGCAGCAGUUGACCAAUUUCCAGCCCACCAUCCCGCCUCAGCACUCCCAACCCCAACCGGGGACCUAAAAUAUAACUUUUUCUGACACUAUUUUAAGAACUAAAGCUAUUACAGAACCGUAUUUAAAAAAAAACUAAUUUCACUUUUCAACUGUUCUGUCAGCUAAAACUCGGACAAUUUAAAUUUUGCUAUAACUAUUUUUGUUCACAGAUUUAAGAAUUCAUCAAAUAAGUGUUUUUUUUCAUAUGUUCGAAAGAUAGCAUCUUCUUUCUCAAGAAACAUGGUUAAUUGUAAUCUGUCUUAACUUACAUAAUUGUUUUUGGAUAAAGUCAAACCUUUGAAGAAGUACAAAUCAUUUAAUUUAGGAACAAACUGAUAUCGAGUCUGAAACCAUUUAAAUGACAUUGUUAAGCUAUUGUAAGCCUUUAUUAGCCUUUAAUUUUUAAUUGCUUUCGUAAUUUAAUGAAGGAAACAAAGAUGUAAUCAAAAAUGAAAAAAAGUAGUUUAUAAGACAA